AUGUCGACGCCCGGACCAUCGGACGUUACGUACUGUAAAGUGCCGGAAGAAAAAGCAUCGGACAUAGUGUUAAUUUCCGUGUCAUCUCGAAUUCCUGAGUUCUGGACGGACCAACCUAGCCUGUGGUUCGUGCAAUUUGAGGCGACUGUGGCACCUCAAAAAGCAAGCGACGAUGCGCAAUACCAGCUCUGCGUGGCGAAACUCGGCAAGCAAGUUGUACUGCAGGUGGCGGACCUGUUGACUAGUCCACCAAAAACAGACAAGUAUACGACCUUGAAGAGUCGUUUGUUACACGUCUACGAAGAGUCGGAAACCAAAAGGAUACAGAAAUUAAUUGGCGAGAUGCAGCUGGGAGACCAGAAACCGUCUCAACUCCUGCGGCGGAUGCAAACCUUGGCAGGAAAGCGAGUAACCUCGGACACCUUACUCAUCUUGUGGCAGAACCACCUUCCAGCAACAGUGAGAUCAGUUCUAGCAGCGACGGCGAUUACGGAUGCGGAAAAAUUGGCGGAAGUGGCGGACAAGGUUCAGGAAACCAGUACCCCAACGCAAGUGGCGGAAGUUUCACGUGGAAGCACUUCCGACGGAUCGCUAGCUGAGAUCCUCGCCAAGCUGAGCAUGGAGGUAGCGGAGCUUCGCAAGUCCAGAGGGAAACUAGAUGCCGUGCAGUCUACGACGGAGACUCGCAGCGGAGGCGUAGCUAGCCGUCGACUUUGUAUUAACGAUCGGAAAAGUGGACUUAAUUUCUUAGUGGACACUGGUGCGGAUGUUUCAGUUUUACCUAUAUCUGUAGCUAAGCGAUUUAUUAAUAACAAUCAGGAAUGUAUAACCUUGUUCGCUGCGAAUGGAGCGAAAAUGCAAACAUAUGGUACUGUUACCUUAUCACUUGAUUUUAAAUUAAGGCGAGACUUUCAAUGGACAUUUGUCGUCACUACUGUUAAACAACCUAUAUUAGGAUCCGAUUUUCUAGGCCAUUAUAAAUUGUUAGUAGACGUCGAUGCAAGAUCGCUCAUAGAUAAACUCACUAAUUUAAAAGUUGUGGCAACAAUAGAAUUGAGUACAGAAACGUCCGUUAAAACCAUUAAUGAAAACCAUCCUUACCAUGAUUUAUUAAGUUUAUUUCCAGACAUCUUUCGACCCAUGUCUUUUAAGGAGCCUCCACAGCACUCUGUAGUUCAUUAUAUAGAGACCACGGGACCACCGGUGCACGCCAAAGCGAGACCAUUACCACCUGAGAGGUAUAUUAAGGUAAAAAACGAAUUUAAGCGCAUGCAGGAAUUAGGAAUUUGCAGGCCAUCCAAAAGUCCUUGGGCGAGCGCAUUACACGUCGUGCCGAAAAAGGAUGGGGACAUUCGACCGUGUGGUGACUAUAGGCAGCUUAACGCCAUCACCAAAGCGGACAGGUAUCCUAUUCCACGCCUACAUGACUUCGCGUACGUACUCUCAGGUAAAAAGGUAUUUUCAUGUGUCGAUGUUAAUCGUUCUUAUCAUUUUAUUCCUAUAAAUCCAGCGGACAUCGAGAAAACUGCAAUAAUCACGCCUUUCGGAUUAUUUGAGUUUCCCCGAAUGACCUUCGGACUCAAGAAUGCAGCACAAUCCUUUCAAAGGUUUAUGCAUCACACAGUUUUGGAAGGUUUGGAUUUCCUUUUUUGUUACAUAGAUGACGUCAUCAUCGCUAGCGAAAAUGAGGAGCAGCAUAGAGAACAUUUAAGACUUUUAUUCGAACGAUUUAACAAGUAUGGAUUAACCAUAAAUUUAUCAAAGUGUCAUAUCGGUGUGCAGGAACUAGAUUUUGUAGGUUUUAGAGUAUCACCGCAAGGAAUACGACCACUGGACGACAAGGUCAAGGCGAUCAUCGAGUACCCCAAACCCAAAAAUGUCAACGAACUUCGAAGGUUUCUAGGUAUGGUGAACUUUUAUCGCAAACAUAUUCCUCACGCAGUUAAAAGUCAAACUUUAUUAUCAGGAUACUUACACAAUGCUAAGAAGAACGACAAAACACCCAUUGUGUGGACGCAGGAAGCGGAAUCAGCAUUCUGCGAAUGUAAGUUGCAAUUGGAGAACGCGGUCAUGUUAUCGCACCCUAGUACCGACGCUACGCUAGCGUUAGUUACGGACGCUUCAGAUACCUGCGCAGGGGCAGUUCUACAACAACUAGAUAAAGGUCGUCAGUUUGAGAGCGAGAUGUUCAACGAAUUGCUAAGGUAUUUAGGUGUUAAGAAAAACAGAACUACUAGCUACCAUCCGCAGGCUAACGGCAUAGUCGAGCGCUGGCAUCGCUCGUUAAAAGCAGCGUUGAUGGCCCGUCUUAACAACGCUUCGUGGGUAGACGAGCUACCAACAGUGUUAUUUGGUCUUCGUGCCGUAGGGCGUAGCGACAAUGGCGUUAGCGCCGCGGAGUAUACUUACGCAAAACUGAAGAAAUCAUCGUUGCUCAGUCAGGAGUAA